AUGUCCGAGAAUGUAAGCCAGACGGCCCGAGAACCCACGAAAGCAAAAUCCCGCAAGACCGAUCCGAAUGCUCCGAUCCGGAAGCGACGAAAGAGAACGGUGGUGAGCGGUGCUUCUGAUGAUUGUUUCACUUGCUCAAAACGAGGCGCCCGAUGCGACCGACGCCGACCUUAUUGCUCUCAGUGCCUCGAGCUUGGUCGCGAAUGCUCUGGAUACAAAACUAAGUUAACAUGGGGAGUUGGAGUCGCAAGUCGGGGGAAGCUUCGGGGUCAGCAACUACCCGUGAUGGAAUCAAAGGAGGAUACUGGAGCAAGCACAGCAAAAGAACACAAACCGCUACCUUCCAAGAGUCAGAGUCAAAGCCAGCAGUCGUCGCAAUCAAUACCAGCCAACCCAUCCUCCGCACCGGCCCCGACACAGCUACCUCUAUCUCAGACACCAACCCCGCUCAUCGAUGUUGGAGGCUUGAAAGCAAUGGAAUCAGAUAAUCAGCGCGCAUCAGAAAUGCAAUACACGUCGAAUGCGUCGAAUAUGCAGAAUAUGCCUGAUAUGUCGCGGACGAUGGCUUGGACGAUGGAUAUGCCAGACCCGCAUACCUGGGCUAAUAUGACAACUGCGCCGCCGCAAAUAUCAGGACUACCGCUACCUAGUCGACCCAUCGCCUCUAAUUAUAAUCGACUGAGUCCAAGUAUAUCUGAAGCUUCCAUGCACUAUGCCCCAACACUAAGCCCCGAGUCUUCCUUUGCCACACCUGUUUGGCCCGUCGCGCGGAACUGGGCCGCCAACAAUGCUACACCACCCUCACAAGACGCGGACGAGGAGCUGGAAAGGUACGAGCGCGACCAAUUUGUAUGGAAUGCCGGUCAUUCGCCCUCAUACUCUCAAUUACUUUUGGCGCGGUCUAUUGGUCGUACCCCUCGCCUUCGGUAUCUAAUCAGCUACUAUACCGAGGUCAUCGCUCCCAUGAUUGUUGCCUUUGACACGCCCACGAAUCCAUUCAAAACCCAUAUUCUUCGUCUGGCUCUGGGAAGUGAGGCUCUCCAAGAGGCCAUUGCGACAUUGGCAACCAGUAACCUCCGCCAGCGCCGUGAGAAAAACCAUCACUCCACAGAGAGAACCCUGCCAGCGCGUAUGUCAGGACUAGCCCACCGCGCUCUCACGGAUGAAGUGUUUCAAGAUACAUAUGGGAUCUCAAUGUCCGAGGGUUAUGCGCGAGAGGAGAACUACCACCGUGGAAUGGCAGUGAAGGCAUUGAAUGCUGACCUGGGCGAUCCUCGCCGCAGGCUAUCAGACUCGGUGCUAGCAACAUUGCUCAUCCUCUGUCUGUUCCACGGCUGUGAUACCGGUGUUGCUGAAUUCCGGACUCAGUUCGCCGGCGUGACAAGGCUACUUGCGAUUCGCAUGCGGCAUUCUCGUAUCGUGACAGACGACCUCAAAUGGUUCAUUCGUAUGUUCUCGUGGUUUGAUACUCUCACUGCCACCACCAACGACCGAGAUGUCCAGCUUCGCGGUAGAUGCUUGGAGAUCAGCUCUACAACCGAUGGGGAGUGGGGUUUAGAAAACCUGGCGGGCUGUGACGGCCGAUUGUUCAAGCUCAUCUCUCAGCUUGGCCGACUAAAUCUCCUUAGCCAGGAUCAAGAGCCUAAUCUCGCCCAACCGGCCGACAUGAACGUGCCAACUACAUCUCUCCCACCUAAUAUGCUCUUCCCUGGCUGGGAUACAGUUGUUCCUGCCACCGCCGCGAACACUAUCCCAGGAUCAAUGGUAGGAGGCCCCGACUUUGGGUUCUCCAUGCCAACCCCACCACAAAGUAGCGACCAGGCCCGAAAACCUUCAUCGCCAGCCUUCUGGACCGAAUGGUUCUCAUUGCGACAGCGACUCGAGUCCUGGCGAUUCGACCCGCCAGCAGAGACCUCAUUCCCAUCGCCACCCCCGUCCUCCUCUGAUAACUUACCUCCUAAUUUCUCUCCCAAUUUCACCCCUACCUUUACGCCGGCGCCUCCCUCAGGUUCAUUCUACGUGGCAAAUGAAAACCUUCAGGAUGUGUAUCAAAUAUCCGAGUGUUUCCGCCAUGCGGCACUUCUCUACUGUGAACGCUUAGCGGAACCCAGUCUUCCAUCGAGGCACCCGCGCAUCCAGCAUCUCGUCCACCUCGCAAUGCACUGUCUCUGUGCCGUCCAGUCCGAUGUGUACCUUCUCUGGCCUCUAUUCAUUGUCGGAUCAGAGUGCAUCCAAGAAGACCACCGCGAUGCCAUCCGCCGCCGCUGCAACGAUAUAUCUAAGGACUCGGGAUUCUUUACCCCUCUGGACUGGGCCCUCCCCCCGAUGCUGAACGCCGGUGGAGCACCUCCUACCUCUCAGGCUUUCCGCUGGUCUCGCGUGAUGCAGGCCAAACGAGGCGGUGGAGAGUACAUGGUGGCAUAG